AUGAAGCCCGCGUGCGUUGUGGCUUUCUUGUUUGCUUUGGCUUUCAAGGCCGGGGUGUCUGCCGACACCCUUCGGGUCGACGCCGGAACAGACGUCGCGGAUGCCGGAGGAGCGGAAACCGCGGAAGCGUGCCAGUCUGGGAGCCUGAUCCAACGCCUGAGCUCAUCCCAUAAGGUGCUGUCCGACACGGAGGCGAUGCCAGCGGAGUCCCUCAAGAAGACACCAGAGAUCAAGGAGAAGAAGAAGAAGAUGAUGAAGAAGCAAAAGUCGGACAAGAAACACUCGGAUUUCAUGGCCUUUCUCGCCGAGGCAAAAAAGGAUGGGCCUGGGCACCCUGAGGGCUCUGAGUGCGAGCCGGCAGGAGCUCCGCUAUUGGGCGAGAACAGGGCAAAGUUCGAGCUGCUUUCGCAAAAGGUCUCCGCCCUCGACCUGGACCCUGUCCUCGCCCGCCUUGUCAAGAAGAACGAUUACGCGCCCAAGCUUGCGAAGAGGGCCGCUGAUGAGUACCGGAAGUUCCUUGUCUUGAUGGGCAUGGGGGAGACACCGAUCGCCUCCCAUAUGGUUCUCGACGCCUGGCAUUCACACAUCAUGCCGCCAGUGCCUGUAAUUUCGCGCGAGACCAGGUACACGAAGAUGUACGAGCGGGACUGCCAGGAGGUAUUUGGCCACCAGCUGGAACAUGACCCCCUUGGUCAGCAAUUGGAAGAAAGUCGCCUGAAGCAGACGCAGCAGCAGAUCUGUGAUUACUUCGGCAUGGUUGACCGACUUGUGUGGUCGGCAGCAAAGCCAGCUGCUCUCUCGGAGAGCAGGGACCCUUCUGACACAGCGGCCAUCAUGGAUCAGUGGCUGGACCACAUCAACGAGGAGGUUGAACUCCGCAAAGGUCUCCUGGCAGAGAACGUCCACGUGAUGGUGGCUUCACAGCACACCAACACGGCCGUGACGCACACGGGCCUCGAGAACGCUCUGUCCUUCUUCCACCACUACAGCCAUGCCACCAGAGCCCGGAAGUUCCUGUCCGUGGACCACGAGGCCUUUGCCAUCGAGAUUGAGAAGGGCAAGCGCAUGGGGGCCGACAUCUUCGAGGUGGACUCCGAGGGGAAGAUUCUGGACGUGAAGAUCUUCAUGGCCACCCUUUUCAAGGACGUAGACGACCUCAACGACGCAGGGCUCGAGAAUCUCACCUUGCACUACACGGGCAACGGCGUCGCUUUGACCAAAGCCGCCAUGGAGACGUGGAUGCUCAAUUUCAACAACAACGCAGCUGAGAAGCACGACCUUCUGGCGGCCGACGUGCGCCUGACGCAUAUGUCGCAAGUGACCGAUGCGCCUGAAACUCGUGACGGGAAGGCUGAAGUGAUAGACUUCUUCCGCGACUUCGAAAAUGCCACUGGGGCUCGAGAGUUCCUUUCCGUGGACGGAGGCGCCUUCAUGAUCGAGAACAAGGGCAAUAACCUCCACCCCCGGAUGGGACUCUUGAUUUUCGAGGUGAACCCCGAAGGCAAGAUCCAAGACAUCAAGAUUUGGGUGGCCUCCCUGCAGGGGGACAGAGACGACUUGAGCGACAGCGGCCUGACUAGCGUCGCGCCGUCGCUACUGGACUCACGCGGAGAGGGGGCCUCGGUUUCGGGUGCCUUGGCCAGCGCGACUGAGCCUGCUGUGUGCCAGCAAUCCGGCAGCCGACCAUCGCUGCAGCAGAUGCAGCGGUUCAACGCGUCGGUUGAAAAGGUGAAAGCGCUGGACCUGGAUGCUGUCGUGGCAGUUCUCGUGAAGAAGGACGGCUACUCGCCCACGAAGGCAGCAGAGCUCGCGGAGGAAUACCGCAAGUACCUGGCCCUGGUGAGCGUCGGUCUCAGCCCCGUGCCGUCGAAGAAGGUGGAUGAUGCAUGGCACGCCCACAUCCUAAACACCAAAAAGUACCAGGCAGACACCCGCGCUCUGUUGGGCCACUUCCUCCAUCACGAGCCGGCGAACCUUCUCCUGGAGCAGCAGGGCCUGAAAGAGCAGAAAUCGUCCAUGGACAACAUGUUCUUGCGCACCAAGAUGCAGCUCUGCGACUACUAUGGCCGCGUCGAUGACGCGGCGUGGUCCAAGGAAGACGUUGCUCUUUGCGUUUGCGGGUGCGGCUGCGGUUGCGGUUGCAGCUGUGGAUGCGCAUGCUCAUGUGGGUGUUGUUGCUGA